AUGCUACAUUUAUUGAAAAAUUUCCUGUCUGAAAGAAUAGGAGAACUCAAGAAUUUCCUGUCUGAAAGAAUAGGAGAACUCAAGAAUUUCCUGUCUGAAAGAAUAGGAGAACUCAAAAAUAUCCUGUCUGAAAGAAUAGGAGAACUCAAGAAUUUCCUGUCUGAAAGAAUAGAACUCAAGAAUUUCCUGUCUGAAAGAAUAGGAGAACUCAAGAAUUUCCUGUCUGAAAGAAUAGAACUCAAGAAUUUUCUGUCUGAAAGAAUAGGAGAACUCAAGAAUUUCCUGUCUGAAAGAAUAGGAGAACUCAAAAAUAUCCUGUCUGAAAGAAUAGGAGAACUCAAGAAUUUCCUGUCUGAAAGAAUAGAACUCAAGAAUUUCCUGUCUGAGAGAAUAGGAGAACUCAAGAAUUUCCUGUCUGAAAGCAUAGGAGAACUCAAGAAUUUCCUGUCUGAAAGAACAGAACUCAAGAAUUUCCUGUCUGAAAGAAUAGGAGAACUCAAGAAUUUCCUGUCUGAAAGAAUAGGAGAACUCAAGAAUUUCCUGUCUGAAAGAAUAGGAGAACUCAAGAAUUUCCUGUCUGAAAGAAUAGGAGAACUCAAGAAUUUCCUGUCUGAAAGAAUAGAACUGAAGAAUUUCCUGUCUGAAAGAAUAGGAGAACUCAAGAAUUUCCUGUCUGAAAGAAUAGGAGAACUCAAGAAUUUCCUGUCUGAAAGAAUAGGAGAACUCAAGAAUUUUCUUUCUGAAUGA